UAGCUUAAAGCCUUAAACCCCCUACGAUACGAGUCCCCAAAUUCAGGUAAACCAUCUCUACCGCCGCCCUUCAAUGGCGUUCUCUUCAAUCUCUCUGGUACCGUGAUGAUCUCCCAUCCGAACAGUUCCAAACAUGUCUCUCUUCAGAAGUCUUCUUUACCGGCAUUUCCGAAUAAUCCUAAAACCUCUGCAGAGUCACCUUCAUGGUUCUUCAGCUACAGCUUGUCACACCUCUUUAAUGUUUACAAAGCCCGUAUCGAAUUCAGCGCUAUUCGACGUUGAAUGGGCUGGUUCGGACGGUACCAAUGAAGAAAAGAAGAAGCCAAAGAAGCCCUUGCACGUUCUGUUCAAGGAAGCCGUCGGAUUGAUCGAGAAGCUUGAAUACAGCGACGGUGAAAACCAAAUCGACACCAAUGAAUUGAAGGGAAGAUUGCGAAAACUGGAGGGAGCGGUGAAGGGGUUGAAAGAAAGAAAGAGUGAAAAGAAAGAAAUUAGCAGUGAUUUAAAGAAGAAACCUAGAAAUGGUGAUGCGUUUUUGAAGGGCAAAUCUAAGCCCACGAGCUUAUAUGCGCUGUUUUCAGGUAAGGCUAGUAGUGGUAGUGGAAACAUUGAGAAUGUGGAGGCAUUGACAAUGGAGGAUCCUGCGGUUUACAAGGAGCUUUCGCCGGAUAUGAUGCUGUUUGUGACUCACUUGUACAAGGAAGGGUAUUUUAACAAUGCUAAUUUCUUGCCGACAAACAAGUUCGAUGUUAGCUGUUUUGAGAAUAGCUAUGCUCGUGACUUUAUCAAGUUUGCGGCCGAGAAGUUUGGCCAGAAUAACCAGGAAAUUGGGAAAUGGUUGUCUGCCAGUGACCUGAAGAAGGUGGCCCUGUUUGGAUGCCCUUCUCUUGGCAAGAAAACUGUCUUUUCUGCUAAGAGGUUGCGUACUUUCUUUGGAAUUCAGGAACAAAUUGUAUGCAGUAAAUGUGCGUUGAGAUCAUCAUGCAAGUUUGUGAAUGAGAGUGUGUGGAAAGGCGACUACAAAAAUUUGGAUUUUGCUGUCGUUAUGAGGGUUAUCACUUUGUAUGCCUUGGAAUCUGUACCCCCACAGCUGGUAGUGCCUGAUGAGAUCAAGGAUUGUGUUAGGCGAAUGCUGAAGGAGAUUGUGAGCAUAAGUCAAAACACUUUAACAUGAGGCUUCUGUAGGAUUUCAUAUGCAUAGUUGUCUAGUGGUUUCUUGGAAACUGGAUUCUGUUGAGACGACUAUGUUCUUGACCAUUCUUCUAAUUGUUGAGACUGCAAACCGAUCCAUCCUUUAUGCUUACAGUCUUACUAAUAUCCUGAUGCCUGAAUCAGAUAGCUGAAGUCUGAUGGUCACAUGCCUUCGCUUUUCUUUAUUUCUCAACGAGAAUUAUGCCAGAGAUUAGAGUUACAUUCGCGAACGAUAUUUGGGCUGUUGGUCAGCUUGCCUGCUGAGAUUCCAGAAAAAGGCUUCUCUGCUUCUCUGUUGGAUAUGUGGGAGCAUGCUGCAUGUCGUGGAGAUUCAACAUUUUAGUUGAGAUUAUUCCAGAAAAUAUGCUAAAAUUGUUAUCUUCAUUGCCCACAACCCACCUUUGCCCUUCAUAAACUAGAAUUUGCAUGUAUUGGAGAUCCAAAAAGUGUCUUCAUACUCUUUUCUGAUCAUGUUUUGGAUGAAAUUAUACUUCUACA